AUGGCGGCCCCGUCCUCCUCGUCCGCGACGCCCUCCCCGUACACGACGCUCGUUGGGCGCGUGAGCUGCGAGCGCGAGAUCAAGCGCAGCAAGUUCAUCGCCGUCGCCGCCCCCGUCCCCAACGAGCGUGCCGCCAUGGCCUUCCUGGACCAGGUCAAGGAUCCACGUGCUACCCAUAAUUGCUGGGCAUACAAGCUUGGAGAGCAAUUCCGUUACAAUGAUGAUGGUGAACCUUCUAGCACAGCUGGGAAGCCAAUAUACUCUGCCAUCAUUUCCUCUGGCAUCGAUAUGGUCAUGGUGGUUGUGAUUAGAUAUUUUGGAGGCAUAAAACUGGGAACCGGUGGACUGGUGAGAGCUUAUGGUGGGGUUGCUUCUGAAUGUCUUAAAGAUGCUCCUACUUGUCUUGUGAAACCAAAGGCUCGUGUGGGUAUGGAGGUACCAUUUGAUCUGUUGGGCACGGUCUAUCAUCAGCUGCAACAUUUCCAAGCUGAAGAUAUUAAACAGGACUACGACACUGGAAAAGAUGGUACUGUUAUGGUCAUGUUCGAAAUGGAAUAUGAAAAAAUUGAGAAUCUUGGAAAUGCAGUGAAUUCAGCUUGUAGCAGGAAAAUAGAACUAUAUCUAUAA